ACAAAAAUUCUACAUUUAACCCAUCUGGCCUCGGCUCUAUCUUUCAUUUUUCAAUAGGGGCCGCUCUAACCUGCGCCCGCUGCUCACCUUCCCUCAUAUUUCUUCCCCAAAUCUCCAAACCCUAAAAUUUUCCAGAUUUGGGAGUCCGUACAACUCUGGGGGUUUUGAUUCUGAUAACUUCACCGAUGGGUGAAUACAAAAUGGAGGAGAUGUCACUCCUAGCCCUAUUCGAACAAGCUCGGAAGAUUCAUCUAGCGGCAUCUGAAUCAGGCGCCGAUCAGGACGCUGUGAGGAAGGGCUGUGAGGCGCUGGAGAAGUGCGAGGAGAUGGUAAGCAAGCUGGGGUUGUUCUCCUCGAACGAGACUAAGGAUGAUAUCAGCACAAGUAAUCUCAAAUAUCUUCUGGUACCUUUUUAUCUUGCCGAGUUGACUGAGAAAAUUGCACAGGAUGAUAGGAUACAGAUUCUUAAGGUUUCCCAAGCAAAAUUAAAGGAAUUCAUUUCAUUUUGUGAGGCAAUGGAGCUUGUACCAGAAGAGGAGUUAGAAACAUCCACGCAGGGGGGUCCAAAUUCUUUCGCAGAUCGAAGGGCAAAAAAGAUUGCUCGGUUCAAACGUCAAAGAGCUGCAGAGUCAAAACUAUUGGAAAUAAAGGAGCGGAAGGAGCGGCGUGGGCGUUCAACUAAAGCAUCUGCGUUAUCUACUCCUGUUGAUACUGGAGAUGAAGAUGUGCUGGAUGAUGAUGGCGAGGAAGAACGGGAGGCUUGGCUUACAACCAUCUCUUUGGCACUCUGUAAGGCUUUUGAUCUACUGGAAAUGCUCAAGAAAGAGGAAGAAAUGCUUUCUGCUAUCAAGGAAAAACAAUUACAGGAAGGUGAUAAGGAAGUUUCUCGGGCUAUUCUUGAUGAACGUGCCAAGAGAACAGAAGAUUGGCAUCGUGAUGCUGCAGCUCGGGCACAAUAUACAAAGCCUGCACCGCCCAUUACAUGUGCCACAUUCGCUCAAGAUGUUUUAGAAGGGAGAGCUACAGUUUCUCAGGUACAUGAGCACAAACACCAGCCAAUGAUAUUUGGACCAGCAAGUCUCGUGGGUGGAAGGCUAACAAAUGAAAGGGAAAUAAUGGCAGCACAGGUUUUCCAGCCUAGUCACAGACUGCCAACUAUGAGCAUAGAGGAAGCUGGAUUAAGGGAGAUGGAAAUGAUGAACAAAUGGCAAGAGAGGAACGCAAAGCUCAUUGAAGAAGCCAAUUCCUCAUGGCACAAGGAGAGUCGGAAACCAGGGCCAAGUGAAGAGGAUGAUGAAGAUGAUGAUGCUGCCCAAGAGAAGGCAAGGGCAUGGGAUGACUGGAAAGAUGAUAAUCCUCGUGGUGCAGGCAAUAAGAAGCUCACUCCUUGUGGGUAAGACUGGUGGGUGGGCUUUUUGUUUCUGGCAUGUAAUCUUCCAAAACCUGCUUCAUAAUGGUUUUGUGCGCAUUUAGGUCUUUGAAAGCCAGUCCUACAAUUUUUUUUGUUGUCAGCAGGGCAGGGUUUUACCAUAUAGUAAUGAGUGCGACUUAUUUAUUUGUACAAUAAAAACGAUCAUGCCUCAAAGAAGAAUUCAUAUAUAGGAACUUUUGUGUA